AUGGCAGGUAUGAACCAGACACAGGUGACGGAGUUUGUGCUCCUGGGCUUUUCCCAUGGCCGGCCCUUCCUCUUUGCUCUUUUCCUGGCCAUUUACCUGGCCACGCUGCUGGGCAACUCUGCAAUACUCUUGCUCGUGUCCCUGGAUCACCACCUCCACAGCCCCAUGUACUUCUUCCUCGGUCACCUGUCCUGCCUGGACCUUUGCUACUCCUCAGUGACGGUGCCCAAGAUUCUGGCGAACGCUUUGCGCCCGCGGGCCACCAUCUCCUACGGGGGGUGCCUGGUGCAGAUGUUCCUGCUGAUGUGGUGUGCGGGGGCCGAGUGCGCGCUGCUGGCCCUCAUGGCCUACGACCGCUUUGCCGCCGUGUGCCAGCCCCUGCGCUACUGCCAGGCCCUGCGCCGCAGCACCUGUGCCGCCGCCGCCGCCAGCUGCUGGCUCUGGGGGCUGCUGGACUCGGCCGUGCACACGCUCCUGGCGGCCCGGCUCUCCUUCUGCGGGGCUGCCCGGCUCCAGCACAUCUUCUGCGAUGUGCCGCCACUGCUGGGGGCCGCCUGCAGCGACACCCGCCCCAACCAGCUGGCCCUCCACAUCUCCAGCAUCUUCGUGGGACUCAGUCCCUUCCUGCUCGUCGUCAUCUCCUACCUUUGCAUCCUGGCCACCGUCCUUGGCAUGCCGCUGGCCACCAGCCGGCACAAGGCCUUCUCCACCUGCUCCACACAUCUGAUCGUGGUCACCCUGUACUUCGUGGCAGCCAACCUGAACUACAACCGGCCCAGCUCGGGCUACUCCCCGGCAGCCGACACGCUGGUCUCUGUGCUCUACUGCAUCAUCAUCCCCAUGCUGAACCCCCUCGUCUACAGCCUCCGCAACCGGGAGGUGUGGGGGGCCCUGCGGAAGGCCGUGCGGGUGGGUGCCACACCAGGCUCCCCAGGCAGCAACGCCUGA